GCGGCUGAGCGGGGCGAGGGCGGGGGGAGCGCGGCCGCGCGCACACACGAACCGGGGCACGCGCCUACCGGCCGCGCGCACGGCCCGGCUCGGCUCGAUUCGGCCCCGUUCGGCUUCGGCUCGGCUCGCAGCGACUCGCAGGCGCCAUGGCGGCCGCUCGCAGCGACAUGGCGGAGCCGGAGGGGCUGCUUCCCGGCGAGGCGGCGGCCGCUGCGGCUGAGGAAGAGGAGGAGGCGGCGGCCGUUGCUGCGGUCGUCGCCGGGGUCGGCUCCUCGUCGUCGCCUCCGUCCUCGGCGGCGGAGACGGAGUCGCUGCUGCUGCUGAACGGCGAGGCGGAGAGCAUGUCGGAGCCCAGCCCGGAGAGCGCCAGCCAGGCCGGGGACGGGGAGGACGAAGACGAGGAGGAGGAGGAGGAAGAGGAGGAGGAGGGCGGCGAGGAGGAGGAGAGCAGCCUGGUGGGCAGCAGCAGCACGAGCAGCGGCUGCUGCAGCGACGAGACCCGCUCGCUCAGCCCCGGCGGCAGCAGCGAGGCCGACGCCAAGGAGGAGCCCAAGGGCCCGCGGGGCGGCCAGGAGGGCGGGCUGGGCCGCGGCGGCGGCGGCGGCGGGAGCAGCUCCAGCAGCGUGUCCAGCGGCGGCGACGAGGGCUACGGCACCGGCGGCGGCGGCGGCAGCAGCGGCAGCAGCAGCUGCAGCGCCACGUCGGGGGGGCGGCGGGGCAGCCUGGAGAUGUCCUCGGACGGGGAACCGCUGAGCCGCAUGGACUCAGAGGACAGCAUAAGCAGCACUAUUAUGGAUGUAGACAGCACAAUUUCCAGUGGACGUUCAACUCCGGUGAUGAUGAAUGGACAAGGAGUUCCUGCCUCCUCUGCAAAAAGCAUUGCUUAUAACUGUUGUUGGGACCACUGCCACGCUUGCUUCAGCUCCAGCCCGGAUUUGGCAGAUCAUAUUCGCUCCAUACAUGUGGAUGGUCAGCGAGGAGGGGUGUUUGUUUGCUUGUGGAAAGGUUGCAAAGUAUAUAAUACACCUUCAACAAGUCAAAGUUGGUUGCAGAGGCAUAUGCUGACACACAGUGGGGACAAACCUUUCAAGUGUGUAGUUGGUGGGUGCAAUGCCAGCUUUGCAUCUCAGGGAGGACUUGCCCGUCACGUGCCCACACACUUCAGCCAGCAAAACUCUUCAAAAGUAGCCAGUCAACCAAAGGCCAAAGAGGAAUCUCCAUCUAAAGCUGGAAUGAAUAAAAGAAGAAAGUUGAAGAAUAAGAGACGGCGAUCAUUACCAAGACCUCAUGACUUCUUUGAUGCACAAACACUGGAUGCUAUAAGACAUCGAGCCAUCUGCUUUAACCUCUCAGCGCAUAUAGAAAGCUUAGGAAAAGGACACAGUGUUGUAUUUCACAGUACUGUAAUAGCUAAAAGAAAAGAAGAUUCUGGAAAAAUAAAACUCUUGCUUCAUUGGACACCAGAGGACAUUCUGCCUGAUGUGUGGGUAAAUGAAAGUGAGCGACAUCAGUUAAAAACUAAAGUAGUUCAUUUAUCAAAACUACCAAAAGAUACUGCCUUGCUUCUGGACCCAAACAUAUACAGAAAUUCUAGUAAAGGAGGUACAUACAGUGGAAUCCUGAAAGAUCACUUCUGUUAAGAUCACACACUGAACAAUGCCCCAGAAGAGGUUGAAGAGGUAAAAUCCAAGCGUGUGGGGACACCUGCAGUCUUAGUCACUGACAAUGGAUUUAGAAAUCAAGUUGCACAUUAGUCAAAUCCCAUCUUUUUUUUUUUUUUUUUUUUUUUUUUUAUAAAUAUUUAUGCUUAGUGUAAACAUUCUGUGAAUGAAGUUGAUGCUUCUGUGGAAUAUAUUAAUAUAUAUUACUGUAUAUCCACAUUUUCAUGGAAUGGUACAGUGGGAGAUUGAGCAAACACUCUUCUGGCAACUUAGUGGAGCAAGUAAAAGGCUUUGCAUGCUUUCUUCUUUAAGCUGCUUUUUUUCUUUAGUGAAUACAGUAGUUUAUAUUGGUGAAAAGAAAGUAACUGUCGCCAUUCACUCACAAUUCCCAGGAGAACUGCUAACAAGCUAUUAGGCUUCUUAUCAAUGUGAACUAAAUACAACACAUGCCAGACAAUAAAACAGCUACAGAGGGAUUAUCCUGUCACCCUUUCAAUAUGGUGGAUAGUAAUCAUUUGUCAUUUGUAACUUUGUGUCCUUUUGCAGAUCCGUAAAAUAUGUUGAAUAAUAUUUAAGAGAAAACAACAAAAACAAAAAACAUGUUGAUGGAAUAUAUGUCUCUUCCAUUCAACUAUGAAUACAUAUAGUACGGUUUAAAGAUGUUAAGAGUGUUGCGGUAUGUCUGAUCCCCCUUUUCAGGAGUAGUAUAGUAGUUAAUGAGAUCUUUUUUUUUUUUGUUGUGAUCCAUAUCAAUGGACGGUUUUUGAAAAACCUUUACUUAAGCAGUUAGUGUUAUUUGUCUUUUAUUUUACUUCUUUUGAACCUGUAGAAUCCCCAUUCACUUGUAAAGUAUACUUUUUUUUUUUUAUUUGGUCUAAUGUUUUCUAGUUGUAAAGAAAAUGGUAUUUUUAAAAAAAAUAUCUAGAAAUUCAAUCCUUUAUGCACCAAAGUUGGCUUUGAAAAGGAAAGUAAAAUCAUUUUCUUGCUUAAUAAGCAAGAAGCCAUGGAUUUUUUUAACUGACAAAUAGAGAUGUGUCUAACCUGUUAGUCUUUGUAUGGAGACAAAAAUGUUGCAUAUAGAUAAUAGGACAUUGCUUGUAAAUAUUUCAGCAGAUUUGUAAUAUAUUUUUAUAUUAUGAAAUGUACUGUAGAUGUUUUUCUAGAGGCAUGAAAGUUAAAAUGUAUAUAUUACGGUAGAAAUAAUAUUGAAGGAUAUUGUAAUUCACUAGUGCUGCCAGAAGAAUUGUUUAAAAAAGCACCUUCCUUAACAAUAAAAAAACCCUUCUUUUACAUACCUAAGGGACUAUAUACUACUGUUAAUAUCUGUUGUAAGAACAAAAUCACAUUGAACAUCCUUCCCAGAAAUCUUUGAGGGAUGAAUAGUACCCAUAAUUAAUUCAUGGCGCUCCUUUCUAAUAGUGAACGCAAAAUUAGUUUCUUCCCUUGCUAUUGGAAAGAACUAAUACGUAAAAUUUAUAUGGAUAUAUGCAGUCAAACUGCAGAGUUAGUCCUCCUUAUUGGGGAGGAGUUUACUACGGUGAAACUAAUAACCAGCAGUUUUUACACUAAAUCUUUAUUAAAUAGAAUAAAACUUAGAAGUAACCCUUUGGUUGCGGAAGUGAGAAUACCCUGAUAUAACACAAAUGCGUUCUGCAUUGGUACUGACACGAGAGUCUUGCUUAGCUCCAAUGGGUUAAAAAUAUUACUUAUAUACAUGGAAAAAAAAAA